AUGGGACUCAAGCUCGUGGGAGAUCAAAGGAAGGUGCUGCUGGGCGUGAUUGUCGGCACUGGGAUCUGCGCGUUCCCGCUCUUCUGGAAGACACGCCGAGGCCACGACCUGUUUUCGCAAGAAAAGCCGGAAGCUGUGUACGAAGCCGAAGUCAAGAAGACAUUGGACGCGUACAAGAAAGAUUAA